AUGCUGGCCGCGAAGGAGGCGCACGCACCAGCCGCCCCCGGGGGCGGCAUCGAGCGGCGCCGUUUUAAACCGCGGCCCGUGGCGUGUCGGCGCCAGAUAAGCCGCCAGCAGGCGGGGAUAGCCCCCUGCAGGCCGCGAUCAAGACGUCCUCCGCAGCGAGAGCCGCCGCCAGCUUCCGGGGGCCGCGCCGAGGUCGCUACUGCCAGCUAUGGGCGAAAGCAGGGCAGGGGAGUCCAGCGCGUAGCGCGCGCCAGCGAGCCGCAGCAGGAGCGCCGAGAGCACCUCGACUCUGGGACAAACGCUGCUACUGUGAGUACGACGGAGCACCCGCCGCUGCUUUCCGGUGCCGCUUCGCCCUACCAGGUGGGCUCAGGGGCGGCGCUGUCCAGGGCGCCAGCGCCGGACCACAGCCUCCCCUCAGGGAUAAGCGCGGCGGCCGCCGCUUCCGGGGCUCGAAGCGAAGGAAAGGAAAGGAAAGGAAAGGAGGCGAGGUGCGGGGGGCGCCGGGGGCGCCAGACGGAGGCGGCGGCACCGCCCCGCAUUAAUAAGGAAGCCGCCCUAAUUGCGACAGCGGGGGCGGCGGCGGCGGCGGCGGCGGCGGCGGCGGCGGAAAUUAAGAAACAGAUUUUCCAGAUUGCCACCGGGACACGAGCAGCCGUGGCGCGCCCUCCCCCUGCUUCCCGUUUCUUCCGCCAGCCACCCCCUACGUCCCUUUUAUUUUCUUCGCCCGCCCUUCUGCGUCUUCCUCCGUUCUUUCCGCGGGCAGAAAUCCUGGCGCCUCGGCUCGGCCGCUACACGCGAACUCGCCCCGGCCCGGUCGGGACGAAACAAUUUAAAGUUUGGUUCGCGCUGCGCCGCGGAGAUGCACCGCCCGAUUCGGCCGCCGCGCGAAAUGUAAUUCAGGCGCCGGCGGGCGGCGCCGCAGAGUUCGCGGACCGCCUCUGCUGCUCGCCCGGCCUGGUCCCGCCUUCGAAUCUCCGUAAAGUCCCCGUCACUAGCUUCCGAGAUCGUAAUAACGAGGGAUGCAAUCCACAAAGAGUCGGUCCUUAUCUGUCAUAG